AUGGACGGGACAUCGGCAACUAGCACGGGUGUCACGGGAGCUGAGCAUACUUGCACCACGUGCCUUGCGAGCUUCGACAACAAAGAGACGAAAAGAGCACACAUGCGAGAGGGUUGGCACGUCUACAACCUCAAACGCCAUAUCGCCUCACUGCCUCCUAUUUCAGCAAUUGUAUUUGAACGACAAGUACAAACUUUAGAUGCCAAGAACGAUGACACGGAGGCAUCUCCAUCGUUUGAGCAGUCGUGUGUUGCUUGCGAGAAACACUACACAAACCGGAAAACGUGGCAGGCGCAUCUGAAAUCCCGAAACCAUAUUGAGAAAUCCGCUGCAUUUAAUUCAAUAGCGCCGGUUGUGUCUGACGAGCUCCCUCUACUGAAUGACCUCUCGUUGAACAAUCAAGAGGCGGAAGAAGAAAGUCUCAACCCAAUGGAGUGUUUGUUUUGCAACGUUAAGUCCGUGGCCUUGGAUUCCAAUAUGAUGCAUAUGUCUCAGGCACACAGCUUCUUCAUCCCCGAUAUCGAAUACCUCAUCGACCUGGAGUCGCUCCUCGGCUACCUUUCAGUUGUCAUAUCAGUGUUUCACGAGUGUCUAUUUUGCGGGAGUUCGAAAACCUCCAAAUUCGCAGUUCAAGAUCACAUGCGUGCGAAAGGCCAUUGCAAAGUAGAUUUCGAUGACGAUGAGCAUGAUUUGAAGCAGUUCUACGAUUUUUGUGGCGAUGAUGAUGAAAAUGGCGAGGAGCGCGAGCCAGAAGUGACUUUGGUUCCUGACGAAGACGAGCUUCGUUUGCCAUCGGGGAAGAUUCUUGGGCAUCGCUCGAACACUCGCCAGUUUCGUCAGCAUCACAUCAAUCGUUCGGCAUCCGCGAGCUCCUCAUUGCAGCAAUUGCUACCCUCAGCUGAAGCUGAACCUGGAAUUGAACCAGGCCCCAGUUCAAGAGAUCGGAGCUUGGCCUUGAGAGCUGGCACUUCCACCAGCUUGAUUGGGGUGCCAGAGCUCCAACAACGAGCUUUGAUGGCGGUUGAGCACAAAAUGUUAAAAAUGGAAACAACAGCAAGGAAUGCGUAUCAACACAUACUGGAGAGAGGCGGAAAUAAGCAGAAACGAUUCAAGGUGCGCUCCAUCGGCAAAAAGCAGGGUGGCUUAGAAAAAAGGCUCGGCUAA